UGAAUUGUGUCGCACGAUUCCAGGAUUCCCGCAUCACUGUGCGCCUGCAGCGUCACAAGAUGAGUCCUGCCUCACGAUGCGUGUGACUGUGGGUUUGUUAUUUGGCCUCCAUCACUGUAAGGGUGGAAGUGACACAUCCGCACCGUGUGACAGCUUCUCCGUGGACGCUGAAGGUUGACGGGGUCUGCUGAGGAUGCGCCCCGAGCGCACAGUUGAUCUGUGUGGAUGACGGGCUCCUCGGGGCCGCUUCAGCUCCUGGUUCAGCGCGGAAAGGAUUAUUUGUUUUUAUACACCUGGAGGAGAAAUGGGGAGCACGACCUCCUGCUGCGUAUCUGGCAGCCCCAAGCUGCGGAGAAAUGCCCACUCCCGGCUGGAGCCGUACCACCAGGAGUCGGAUCUGAGCAGGGAGGAGACGGCGUGCAACCUCCAGCACAUCAGCGACAGGGAAAACAUCGACGAGUUGAACAUGGAGUACAACCCAUCAGACCAUCCUCGGGCCAGCACUAUAUUCUUGAGCAAAUCUCAUAAUGACGAUGUGAUUUACAGGAAUGUGCGAGAAAAACGAAAGAGCCAAUUCAUCAAUAAUCAUGGCAGUCUGAGGAGAAAAUACAGCUCCUGCUCAACCAUCUUCCUGGACGACAACACAGUCAGCCAGCCCAACCUCAAAUACACCAUCAAAUGUGUUGCUUUAGCGAUUUACUACCAUAUAAAAAACAGAGACACAAAUGGAGGCAUGCUGCUGGAUAUCUUUGAUGAAAAGCUUCAUCCUCUCUCAAAAACAGAGGUUCCGCUGGACUACAACCAGCAUGACCCGGAGCAGAAGCAGAUCUACCGCUUCGUCAGAACCCUGUUCAGCGCUGCUCAGCUCACAGCUGAAUGUGCCAUCGUCACACUGGUGUACCUGGAGAGACUGCUCACUUAUGCAGAGAUUGAUAUCUGUCCUGGAAACUGGAAAAGGAUUGUUCUGGGCGCCAUUCUGCUCGCCUCAAAGGUCUGGGAUGACCAAGCUGUCUGGAACGUCGACUACUGUCAGAUCCUCAAGGACAUAACUGUGGAAGACAUGAAUGAACUGGAGCGCCAGUUUCUGGAACUGCUGCAGUUCAACAUCAACGUUCCAUCCAGCGUCUACGCCAAGUACUACUUCGACCUGCGAUCGCUCUCAGAGUCCAACAACCUGAGCUUCCCGCUGGAGCCGCUCAGCAGGGAAAAGGCCCAGAAGUUGGAGGCCAUUUCCAGACUAUGUGACGACAAAUACAAAGACAUCCGGAGAGCAGCCAGGAAACGCUCGGCCAGCAUGGACAACCUGUGUGGGAGACGAUGGGUUCCUGCAAUCCUCUCCUAACCACUGAUCACCGUCCAGGAGCCUCGUGGAACUGACUGGACCACAUGCGUCAAACCUUUUGGCUCCUUUGGAUCCUCAGUCCAGAACUUGAUGGAACAUCAGCACCAGCUGGUGAAGGUCAAACCUUAAAAAGUGGAUCUAUGUGCAACAUGAACACUGGAUUUGGGAGAUAAGACUCCAGAGAAGUUUCUACCUAAACACGAUGCCUUCGUAGUGCCUCGACUUGUCUACUGACUGGGAAAAUGCAGGAAUUUUGGACUUUUCUUUCACCUGUGAAAAGACAAAAAGCUUUGGACCAAGUCCUGGGUGAGGAGACGCCUUGAGACAUUUCAGGACAUGAGUUUGUGAAACAUCUGCUCAUGUUUCUAGGCUUCUCCUGAAUUUGUCUUAAGAUAUACGUCUAAUACGAUCUUUUAUUCAGACAACCGUACAAAGAAUAUCAUUUAUUUUGCUCUACAAUUCAAACAUUAUGCUAGUAUUUUACUUGUUAUUUAUUUCAAGUACUCCAAACAAUGAGUACCUUCUUGAAGGUUUACAGUAGUUCUGGUGUACCUCUUAAUACUCAGGUAGAACAUUAAAUAUGUCGAUUCCCUGUGAUGCUCCAUAUUUUAAGUAUAAGGACGGGAACAUUUUGAAGUAGCUCAGACUGUACAUAGAAGGUGCCAGGAAUAACAAAAUUAGUAAUAAUGUUCAUUCAGACAUGAGUGACAGUUUGUUCUUUUGGGGUCAAUUUCAGUUAAGCAAUAGCAGGAAAGUUUUUUUUCUAAAUAGUGUUUAUAACAUAAAAUUUAUCUUUUCCCCCCAAUUAUCAGUAUUACUAUGAUCUUCAUGUCAAUUUUAACAUGUUUUUCACAGUGGACUACAGGACACCUCACUCUUAUUUGCUUCAUUAAGUAUUAAUAUUAAUACUUGAUAUUAAAAGUAAAACCAUUUUGUCGGGACUCUUUGUGUCCAUAAAGAUCUUUCUGUUACGUUUUCUCUCUGGAAGAAAAAUGAGGACAGCUUCAGUUCAGAUUUAAAGAACUUCUCUCUGUGAGGAGAUAAAAAUGUCUUACCAGAAAAAAAGAUUUUUUUCUUGAGCUAUAAAUUUGCUUAGCAACUCCUUUUCAGAUCAAAUAAUACCUAAUUUGAUUUAUUUUGUGAAAUUUUCUCAAAGGCUUGAUUCUGUGCCGACAGGUCAGCUGAUACUUUGGAUGUUGAAAAGUUAACUUUAGCUCACAUUUUCUUUAAAGACAAUUCAGAUUUUUUUGAAGUAAGGCGUUAACACGGAGAAUCAUAGAGACGCCUAAUUUUGAUCAAGGUCCCUUUAAGAGAAAAUGUCUACCAUUGAAAUAACCCAAAUGUUUUUAGUUGAUAAUGUUGUGAAUUUUUCAUAUUGUUAUAUUUCUGCAUCAGACAGUUAUGCUGACUGCUUAUGCAGAGCUAAACUUAUUGUUGCCACAGACAAAUUAGCAACUUAGCUGCGUUUUAUCCAUGAAACAAAGAAAAAAGUGAACAUAAAUUAUUAAGAAUUUAUGAGAAUUGAAUUCCUGUUCCAGAAUUUCUGUUAAAGAUAUUCAUAAAGCUCCACAAAAAACAACAACAAAACAACAAAAACAAAAAAGAACUUUUGAUGUAAUAGAAACUUUCAUGAAAGAAAUGAUCAAAUUUGGUGACGUCAUAAAGUUGAGGAAGAUGAACCUCAACAACAAAUUGCACAGUAAACAAAUCAGCAUCAUUUUUUUCUAGCCUUUUGUUUUAUUUUUGUUUGUGUUACUGCAGUCCUCAAAUAACCAAUGAAACAUAAAAACAUCUUUUUAAAUCAACUCGAAACUCCAAUGAAACAUUUGACAGGAGAAUGAUCAGAAAACAUUAGAAGAGGAACAAGAGUAAUCUGAGGAAUUUGUUUUUAUUUACUCAGUAUUACAUGCUAUACCUCCAAUUCAUUUGAACAGUUUCCAGUCUUUGCUCAGUGACUUUUAUCAUCUGUUACAUUAAAAAUAAGUUUUACUGACAGUUAAUGGAUUCCUGUUUUUACCGCCGGGUGAGAGAAAUAUAUAUUUGUUCUAAAACCUCAACAAAAGGUGCAAACAAAACAGUUUCCUGUUUUACAUGGUUAAACAAAACGAUCAUAAUUUUAUUUUAUUUUUUUUUACAAAAAAAAGGAAAUAAAAUUUCAUAAACUGUAGCAACCAAAGACUUUUCUUUAUCGGAUAUAAUUUAGGCCCUUUUGAGACAUCAAAUGUACUUUUUCCCCCAGAAUGUUUCCUAAAAACAAACAUCCUCAUACUGUGUUAAAUUAUCCAUACUGUCAGCAUUAAGCAAGCAACAUUUUUGUGUUCAAUUAGCACAAAUAUAUAUUGUUUCUUUUGAAUUAGUCUGAUUAUUGAGCUAGUAAUGCAUUUAUUUAUUUUAUGACUUAUCUUUGUACAGUUUAUAAAGAGUACAGAUUCUCAGAAAAGGUUGUUGUAAAUUAUUUAUGGUUUUGUUGAUUUGUGUUUUGUAAUAAAAGAAGAUACUCUUGUUUAGUAAA